AUGUGGUGGGACGAGUCUCGGAUCGAAGCGACUGUCACCCGACAGUUUGUCAGCGCACACCUUCUCCCCGACGAGGUCCACCGCUUGGACCGACCGCUGGCUUUUGGCGGUGGCUUGACGGACGGCACUUACUGGGAAUGGAUCGACGAGAAGGCCAAACGCGUUUUCCUCAUUUUGCUGGAUCUGGGUGUGCCGGACCAGAUCUUCGGGGUCGUCGACAACAGCUGGGAGGACGCCGACCUCCCUAUCGCACUUGACCAGGUCGAACGCCUGGCGCUCACUCCCAACCGAGAUGACAAGUUUACUAAGAAGUUCUAUUCGCGCCAAUUCCACUAUCUGAUCAGGUUCAUCGAAACGGGUGAUCACGUGGUAUACCAAGAUGCCGACGUCGUACCCAUCGCGGUGGUGGAUAAAAGGCCUGGGUUGACCAACAACAACAACGUCGACCGGGUUGAACUCCCAAACAGACCAGGCGAGGUCUUCUCGCGACGUCGCUUUCCGAUGGGAACUGGGCCUUGCCUGCUAUCAAAUGAGAACCUACUAUAUGAGGUCAAUAGUACUAAGAACGUCCAGAACGACCAUAUAGCGUCCUAUUACGGAUCGUAUAUCCAUCAGGGCUUUGGUUAUGUCAUGUUCACCCACCCAUGCGACUUCAACCUCAAAUCCCUCCUGAUGACUAUGCCGGGACCUGUGAAGUCCCUUGCCAAGCAGGACCGGAGGCGUAUGGUCAUGAACUGGAUCCACUGCCUCGCCGACACGCUUUGCUGGCUACACAACCAUGGUCGAUCCCACGGGAAUAUCAAGCCGUCGACGAUUCUCUUUGGCUCUGAGAACCACAUCUUCUAUACGGACAUAUCUCGCCUCGGCGUAGACGCACUAGCGAGCGCAUCGGACAAGUCUGCCUUUGACAAAGAGUCAUAUGACUAUGCCGCCCCUGAACAAUGGUAUCGGCCGUCGGCAAGCUCAGGGUUACAUCGCAAGAAUACGAUUAGCUCUCCAACAUCCUCCACAUCAAACACAUCAAACAGCAGCACAAUCUCGAUCAGCCGAGGUGGGUCGGAACAUGCCACCCCAGCCUCGGCGCUACACACACCAAAUCCCCAUCUCGACCCUCAGGCAGCAGACGUCUUCUCUCUGGGCUGUGUGAUUUUGGAGCUGUUGAGUCUGCAGAUGAAGCGGCAGACACGGUCAUUCGCCUCACAUCGAGCAGCAAAGCACAAGACGCCGGGUCGCGGGGGUGCGGUGCUGGACUCGUCGUUCCACAAGAACAUCGGCCAGGUCGAAUCCUGGAUGACGGGACUGGCGAAGGACGCGUCCAAGAAGGAUGACCAGGUCUUUCGCGGCAUCAGGCCCAUGCUGCAGGUUGUGGCGCGGAUGCUCUCGGUGCUUCCGCACGAGAGGCCAACGGCGCAAGAGGUCGAGAAGCGGCUGUACAAGAUUCUGACCGAGAGCUGUCUGAUCGCCGAGCCGCACUGCGUGCACCAAUACGAGGACUGGGACUUUGGCAUGGGGAACCUGCAUCUCAAUAGGCAGAGCGAGACCUUCAGCAUGGCGACCACCAGGCGGCAGAGCGGGGUCUCCCCAAGGCCCGACUCGCGGACGGACUCCUCGGGGUCCAGCAGCACGCAGGGCCGGGACAUGGCUUUCGGUGUCGGUGGUGGUCGUGGUGGUGCUGGCAGGCUACAGACGCUCCAGAAUCUCAGGGCCUCGAACAAGGUGCGCACUAAUUGGCACGCUCCCGUCUACGCAGGUAAUGCACUCAUCUCUUCCUACGGUUACUGA